GCCCGCAGACAUUUCAUUUGUGGACGGGCGACUCACUGGGAGCACCUCGAAUCAGCCGCGAGGUUUUUAUUUGAGAGCAUCAAACCCCGAGCUUUAAAAGAAACCAGCACCAUGAAGGAGUCCUCUUAUCCACCGGUGAGGCGGCUCGUGCCCAUGGCCGCCGCUCAGCCUGCGCGCGCACACGUACCUGGUGACCCCAUGCAGCGAGGGUAGCCGGAGCCGUCCUCCUGUAGGAGAACACAAACAUUCAGCGUGAGGAGACUUUGGCUGAGAUCCACCAAACUCCCCCACCCCUCCCUCCUCCUCCUCCCCCUUCAUCCUCCUUUCCUCCCCCCUCCUCCUGGCGCUGAGAGAGCAAGGAAACGUGGGAAAAAGAGGAAGACGAUGUACCAAACGCUGCUCCUCUCCUCCUCCCUCUUCAUCCUUCACGUGAUGGGCACCACGACGUUCUUCGCUCACCACGGGAGGAGGGUGUGCGGCCGAGACCUUCGUCACAGCGUUGUCAUGGCAACAGAGUCAUACGUCCAGCCGGUGCACAAGCCCUACAUCACCCUGUGUCAGGGGCAUCGACUGUGCAGCACGUACAAGACCGUGUACUCGGUGGCGUACAGGCAGGUGAGCAGAGCAGCACCUUCAUCACAAUACUACCCAGAAUGCUGCCCAGGAUGGAGGAGGGUUCACUCACACAACUGCAACCAAGCUCUGUGUGGACAGCCCUGUGUGAACGGAGGAACCUGCUUAAGACCAAACCAGUGUGCAUGCCCGUUAGGCUGGAUGGGACGCCAGUGUCAAACAGAUGUCGAUGAGUGCAGCGAGCAGCAUCCGUGCACCCAGGAGUGUGUGAACACAGCCGGCAGCUAUCAGUGUACGUGCAGAGAUGGCUUCAAACUCAUGGGAGACGGCCGUUCCUGUCGAAGCCUUCCUCCUCCUCCUCUUCCUCCUACAUCCACUCCCAGUCAGACGCCAGUGGGUGGCCACACGGAUGCGGGUGGAGGGUUUAACCUCGCUGAGAACGUGACGGAGGAAGUGCAGAGCCUGAGGAAUAGAGUGGAGCUCCUGGAAAAGAAGUUACAGUUGGUGUUGGCCCCCUUCAGCAGCUACUUCCCCCUGUCGCUGGACGAGGGUCUGUCAGAGAAAACCACCCUACUGUCACACUCUUUCCAGCAGCUGGACCGCAUCGACUCCCUCAGCGAGCAGAUCGGCUUCCUGGAAGAGCGCCUCGGCACAUGUUCCUGCCAGGAGAAUUAGCCACCGUUCAUCUCCAGAGAAGCUCCUAAUGAUCCAAACCUGCCAGAAAUCGUACACAUCAAGAUGGAUGGGCGGCAGAAAAACUGCCUCACUUCUCGAUCAGCCGUGUAGCAAUCAUCUCACAAAUCAUUUGUUAUUUUCUCUCCCCCCCGGCGGCUCUAUCUUCCUUUCUUUUUGAAUUAAUGUCAGAUUCUUGAUUUUGUAACACUACCUGUGGCAGGGUUGGUUUCAGUUUGACAUCAUCCCUGUAACAUCUGAAUCAAACCUCCAAAAGAGUCAAAAGUCAAAUAAUUGUCCACUUUGUUUUCAAUCAGUGCAGCUGUGUCAUCUGUCCUGAGGCAGAAACUGACAUCUGUAUUUAUCUAUUUAUGAUUACUGAUAGGUAUUUCUCAGACCUCCAAUAGACAUUUUUACAUAGUUUUGUAACGUUUUGUAAUAAAAGUCUUAA